AUGGCUCUACGCAAAGAAAGAGUUCCAACACAACCACCUUCCAUUCCCUUGCUAUCCAUCACCAGCUAUUCGAUCCCCUUCAAGGUCCCUGGAAGCCAAAGAGACCGCCAACUUCUCCACUACUUUUGCGUGCAAGGGGCAUCGGAGAUCUCGGGGUUUCUCACCUCCGACUUCUGGUCCGAGAUUGUUCUUCGAGAGAGUCAUCAAGAUUCGGCACUACGGCAAGCACUUGUUGCCAUGAGUUCACUGCAUUUGGACUACAUUACUUCAGAUCCAGUGAAAAGCCAAGCUGCAAGUAUUGAGACGUUGGAUAAUUAUGGCAAAGCCAUGCGUACAGUAAGGAAGAGACUUGCGCAAUCAUCGCCCGACACAACGAAAGUUGCACUUAUUUGCUGUGUCAUAUUCUACUGCUGUGAGAAUACUUUGGGAAAUCCAGACACAGCUCAACAACAUCUAAGCAAUGGUCUUGAACUCCUCAAGUCUAUCUCGAGGCACUCAACGCAAAUGGAAAAGGCCGAGAUGAAAGGGUUAAGGACAAUCUUUGAGCGACUCGAUAUGCAAGCUAGCUUCUUUCAAGAUGACCGCGUACCAAUUCUGAGUCUACCGCACUGGGAAGAACACAAAGCAGAGUAUGAUGCGUUGGUGCCGAAAAGGUGUUUCUCCACGCUGCAGGAAGCUCAUGAGAGCCUCAUCAAGCUUCAGUCGUGGCUCUACAGCUUCAUCAACAAAAAUGCCGAUGUUUACAAAGCAGGAAUUGAGUCCUUGAGUCCGGUUGUGCUGGACGAGAAAGCCGCGUUGGUAGCAGCAUACAAUUAUUGGAGCUACGCAGUCGAGAACUUUCAACUUGCCGAGGCACACGAUGAGCACACUAAAUAUGGUCUCAGAUUCUUACUUGUUCAUUCCAAAAUCUGCCAGAUGAUCGUGGACUCCAAGUUCCCUGUCAAUGACGAAAUAUUUGGAGCAUCACCCAAUCCAGCCGCGCAUGAAGUAUUGGAUCUGGUAGAGACACUGCUUGACUACACAGCUAAGCUGAAUUCUUCUCCAAGCGCAACCCAAACUCCACGUCGAAACUUUUCGCUGGAAAGUGGAGUUGUUGCACCGCUGUUCGCGCUGGCUCUUAAGUGUUCAGAUGAGUCGGUGGCUACAAGAGCCGCGCAGAUGCUUUCUUUGUCUCAGAGAAGAGAGGGUUUGUAUGAUGCUCAGACUAUGGCAAUGAUUCUCACUCAUCUGAGGAAGUCAAGAGAUGGGGAAAAGGAAGUGAAGGCUGAACUUGAAAGUAGCAACGCUGCUACAAGUGCCCUGGAGUAUCAUAUCCCGAACGGUUAUGAGGGCGGUGGAAUUCAUAAGCUACUCGUCUCAAUGAGUAUAUAA